AUGAGGUUUUCAACCGCCCUUAUCGGCGUGACCUCUGCCGUACUCGCCGGCACGGGCACGGCCUUCCCGCAGGGGGAGUGGCAGCAGCCCGGCCACGAAGAGGAGCGGCGCAAGGACGUCAAAGAAUUUGUGCGCCUGGAGCUGGAGGAGCCCCUCAACUGGGUACCCAGUGAGCGCCUCAUGGGGGAAGUUCUCGAUUCUCUCAUCGAAAACCCGAACACUUAUAACGGAGAAGAGAUGGCUCGGAUCACGCUCCACUUGUGCACUGAAUUUUAUGAGAACACCACGGCAACGCUGUCCUACAUCGCAAGCGACCCAACUAGGCCUGGUCAAAAGUGGUGGUACGGAUACUGCUUUGGCGGAGCCCCGGCUACCGCGGCGGACUUUGUUCGCCAGCCCGGAGUCGAGCACUCCAUUGCCUAUACCAGCGACAUCAUCAGUGAUCGGGUAGUCAGGGCGAACCAGGCCAGCCACAGUCAGUUGCAGAAACGCCACACCCCGGACGACUUUGUGCCUAUCAAGCUAGAGAAACCUUUCAACUGGGUACCUACCCUGGCCCUAGAGGCGAGAGUCUUCGAGUCUAUCGAGAAGCCAGAGGGCUGGUACGUCGAUCCGGGAACGUUUGCCCAAGACAUGCUCUCGCUGUGCACUGAAGAUCACCCGGACGACCUCACGGCUACCUUCACUGUCCUUAACCUUGAACGCGAACUAGGAGCCGGGUACUCCAUUGGCUAUACCCUCAAGGCCAAUGAUGGUGCCGUCAAGCGAGGGCAGCCUCGCCGCGAGGAGAGCGAACGGCGGGACGUCAAAGGCUUUGUGCGCCUGGACCUGCAGGAGCCCCUCAAUUGGGUCCCCGGUUACGAACUCCUAACACACGUUAUUGGCGAAUUUAUAGCGGACCAAGAUCAAUUCGACGCGGAGUCGUUUGCCUCGUACGUACUCACGAAGUGUACCACCAAGUAUCCAGACACCACGGCGACGUCUACCUACCUCUUGAAGCUCCCAUACGAACCUGAUAAGAAGUACUGGUUUGGGUGGUGCUACGGCAAAGACGUGGCUACGCCGGACGACUUUGUCCGCCGGGACGGGGUCGAGUAUUCUAUUGCCUAUUCUAGCGGCGUUAAUUCUCCUGCCGUCAAGCGAGAGCAGCCCGGCCGUGAGGAGAGCGAACAUCGCGACGCUAAAGGCUUUGUGCGUCUGGACCUGCCAGAACCCCUCAAUUGGGUACCCGGCGAAGAGCUCCUGACAUACAUUAUCGACCAAUAUCUAGAGACCCGGGAUAGUUACGACGCGGAUUCAUUUGCCUUAUACGUACUCACGGAGUGUACUACUAAGCAUACAGAUGCGACGGGGACGGCUACCUGGCUACUGCCCCUCGCAGACGAACCUGCUACAGAGGCCUGGUUUGGAAUUUGUUUUGGCAAACACGUGCCUGCCCCGGAUGACUUUGUCCGCCGGGAGGGGGCCGAGUAUUCUAUUGCCUAUGCCAGCGGCGUCAAUUCUCGUGCCGUCAAGCGGGAGCAGGCCGGCCACGAGCUGGGGCAGCGCCAGGAUGGGAACGGGCGCCCCGGGCAAGAGCAGUGGCAACGCCGAGAUGAACACGAGCAACCCGGCCGCGACGAGAGCCUACGCCGCAUCAAAGAAUACAGACGCGUACAGCUGGAGGAGCCCCUCAACUGGGAACCCGGCGAGGGCCUCAUAUUCGGACACAACAUCCUCGAUACCUACUACGGAAAUGACGUGGACAAGUAUAAUCAGGAUUCGUUCUCUCGAUGGGUCAUGGACAAUUGCAAUGUAGAUCACCCAAACACCACCUCGACGUUUUCCCUCCUUACGAGUGACGGAUUCGACCCUGUCAAUUUCUUUUGGGAAGGUUAUUGCUUUGGUGGCCCUCCGGCUACGGUGGCUGACUAUGACCGCGCGGAUGAUGUAUCGCAUUCUAUUGCCUACACCACUGCCCUCGAGGAUUCUGCCGUCAAGCAGGAGCAGCCCGGGCGCGACGAGCGGCCUGGAGGCCACCUUCCGGAAGACUUCGUGCGCGUGGAGUUCGAGGAUCCCGUUGAUCCCACUCGCUGGAUCGAGGGGCCUGCUCUAGCGUCGCAAUCCCUUGCCAUGUUCUACGCAGACUUCAACGAUACUGAUGCGGAGUCGUUCGCCAACUACGUGCUCAACAGGUGCUCUUACGGGUACGAGCAGUCCGUGUCGACGCUUACUUACCUCAGAAUCUUCGCUUGGGCCGACUCACCCAGAGUCUGGAUUGGGCACUGCUUUGGUGGCAACCCAACCUCGCAGGCGGACUACCAGCGCUAUGACUGGGUGGAGUAUACCAUUGCCUACACCCUCAAGGCCAAGGAGGUGCAGCCCGGCCGCAACCUGCGGCAGCGCCAGGUACCAGGGCAAGAGGAGUGGCAACGCCGCGAUGUGAGCGACCUUGUGCGCAGGAAGCAAGAGGAGCAGUCCGGCCGCCAGCAGCAGCACGAACUGCUCGCCGACGUAGACGACUUUGUGCGUGUGAAGCUCGAUGAGCCCCUCAACUGGACGCCCUCCCCGGAUCUCAUACGUACACACGGCAUCGGAUCAGUCACGGAGGACGAGGCUUUGUACGAUGCAGAAUCAUUCGCUCGAUACACGCUUGCAUACUGCGCCAGGUUUACAGGGUGCACGUCCACGGCUUCAUAUCUCCGAAGCUUCCCACACGUCACAACCAAUAAGACCUGGUACGGUCAUUGCUUUUGGGGCCCUCCAACCACCCAGGCUGACUACGUCCGCGAAGACUGGUCUGAGCACUCCAUUGUCUACACCAUCUCCACUACGCCCAAGUUUGUGCGCUUGGAGUUGGAGGAGCCGUCCAACUGGGUAGCCGGCCCUCGUCUCUGGCCCAACCAGGUCCUUGACGGGUACCAAGCGGCUAUUGAUAAGUAUGAUACGGAGUCGUGGGCCAGCUACGUGCUCGACCGAUGCACCAAGGAGCAAACAAUCUGCACGUCGACGGCUUCCUAUUCCGACUACAUAGAGGAUCACAAGUACAGGGCUUGGAUCGGAUAUUGCUUUGGCGGUGGUCCCACGAACCAGUCUGAUUACGUCCGUCGGGACGGAGUGGACCAGUCCGUCAUCUACACCAUCGGGGAAAAGCAGCCCCGCCGCGAGGAGGAACCCGAGCGCGAGCAGUUUCAACGACGUGAUUUGGAGAAACGACAGCAGCAACAGGGCGACGAUUCGUGGGGACCCCGCAAUGCGAGAGACUUCCUGCGCCGCCCAGACCAGGAACAGCGAACCGGCCACGAGCAGUUGCAAUCCCGCGACAAGGGUGACUUUGUGCGCCUAGACCUGGAGCAGCCCCUCGACUGGGCUCCUGGACUGGGGCUUUUCAUGACCGGAGUCAUCGACAUGACCCACGCGAGCUUAGACUUGUAUGUUCAAGAUUCGUGGGCCGAACUCGUGCUCAACCUAUGCCUCCAGUGGGCGUACUGCAACUCGACCAUUUCAUACUCCGGAUUCCUCCCAGAGAGUCCCAAUACGCGAGUUUGGGUCGGACUGCUUUUCUACGGCGGCCCAACCAAGCAGGCCGACUACGAGCGCCUAGACUGGGUGCAGCAUUCCGUCGUCUAUACCAUCAAGGAGGGGCAGGCCCAUCGCCGCCAGGAGCAACAGCCCGGCCGCGAGCAGUGGCAGCAACGCCGCGAUGAGACUGAGCGCCCCGGGCCACAGCAGUGGCAACGCCGUGACGGGUACGAGCAGCCUGGCCGUGACGAGUGGCAACAGCGCGACGAGAGCGACUUUAAGCGCCUGGAACUAGAUUGGCCUCACAACUGGCAACCGGGGUACCGUCUCUGGCAGAGAGGGAUCCUCGAUGGCGCCGAAGGCGAGAUUCCCGAGUAUGAUGAGGACUCGUGGGCUGAACUCGUGCUCGGCAUCUGCUCCAAGCAUGCUGACUGCACUUCGAGUGUCACCUACGCCGGAUUCUAUCCUAGCGACCCCGACAGGAGGGUCUGGCUCGGAUACUGCUUUGGCGGCGCUCAAACCACUCAGGCUGACUACGAGCGCUCAGACAAGGUCGAGCAGUCCGUCGUCUAUACUAGACCGGAGUAG